AUGUUCCUGACCUGCGAGGGCACCCUGGGGAUCGUUCCGGCCACCGUGGACUACAACGUGCAAGCCCGGCCGGGCCAUUUCCACGCUGGCUACCAACAGAUCGAAGGGAUCAGCUUGGGCUACUUACAGAUCAACGGCACCCAGAUGUUCGCGCUGGCCCAGGUGCUCAGCGACCUGUUCAAGGACAUCCCCAGGACCACCAUCAGCAAGAAGAUGGAAACCUUAAAGAUCAAGAGCCGCCGCUGUGACCUGGCCGAGCUGCGGACCCUCAAGGCCAUCAACUCGGUGCCCACGCGCGCCGUGAAGUGCUCGCUCAUCUCCAAGGCGGACCUGGAGGCUCUCUGCACCUCCUGCAAGAGCCUCCGCCGGAGGAAGAGGAGGAGGAAGAGCAGGAGAAGGGAGCAGCUGCUGCUGCCGGGCCCCGGGGAGCUCUUCCCCUGCCCGCGGCCCCCGCCCUGCAGAGCGGGCGGCUGCUGCGCUCCCCCCGGGCGGGCCGUGCCGCCCCCCGGCCCGCCGCAGCUCCAGCCCGCCCGGGGGGGGCUCUUUGCGGGUGUCCCGGCCGGCUCCCCCCGGCACCUGGCGCUGCUGCACCCCGCGGCCGCGCAGCCCUGCGCGCUCCCGGCCGCGCUGGGCGCCGCGGGCCGGCACCGGCGGGGCCCCUGCUGGCCCAGGGGGCUCGUCCCGCCCGGAGCGGGGCCCGCGGCCGCCGGGAAGGGCCGGUGCCGCGGCUUCCCCGCCUCCAAGCGCCAGGGAACGUCCGCCGGCUACUCCAGCGACUCGGACUCCAGCCUGGACCUCGCCGCGUCCAGCCCCGCCACCUCCAGCGACUCCAGCGAGGAGGAGGAGGAGGAGGAGGAGGAGGAGGAGGAGGAGGAGGAGGAAGGGGACAGCUCGUGCAGCAGCGAGGAGGGCAGCUCCUCGGAGUCGGAGAGCAGCUCGCUGUGCAGCGGGGACUCGGUGCAGAGCACGCGGUACCGGCAGGCGGCCCUGCCCCGCUUCCAGCCCCCCCGGGAGCCGCUCGGGGAGGAGCGGCCGGCGGAGCCCCCCCCGAGCAAAGCGCUGCGCCCCGACCCCGAGCUCCUCUUCCUCUCGCAGCAGCUCUGGGCCCGCACCCUGCGAGCCUCAACUUUGGAAAGUUUGAGCGCGGCCGCAGCGCCGGGGGCUCAGCCGGGGCUGUACGCGAGGCACGAGGCCUCCCCUGCCUCCUCCUCCUCCUCCUCCUCCUCCUCUUCCUCCUCCUCCUCCUCGCCCCCUCCCUCCCCGAGCCGCAGCACCCCCGGGGGGGCCCCGCCACAAAAGGAGCGCGACUUUGGGGACGCCGGAGGGAAGAAUUUGCACAAAGAAAGCUCGAACAAAAGCCCCUCGUUAGAGCGGCCCCGCGGAGCCUCCCCGGGGCCGGCGCCUUCCCCCGAGCCGGCCCCGGAGCUGCGGGCGAGCCCCGCUGCCCUCGGCGAGCCCCGACCGGAGCAUUUCGACCGCUUGAUCCGCCAGUCCAAGCUGUGGUGCUACGCCAAGGGAUUCAACGUGGACGGGAAAGGUUUGCGGCACGGCCGGGGCAGCCCGGAGCCCUGGAAGGGAGCGGAGCUGCGGUUCCAGCCCGGCGGAGCCGGAGCCGGGAGCCCCGCGGCGCUGCGAGGUCGCCGGGACGGCAGCGCCAAACGGCGGCGCCUCGGCAGGGUCACCGAGAGGCAGCGCAGCUCCUCCAAAGCCAGGCCGCCAAAAACUCCCAGGAGGAAUUCCAGGAAGGGAAACGCUCCCUGCAAAGCCAGCCCGCCUCGGAAUUCCUUCAGCCUGAUGGGCAACUUCCCCUGCACGCCCUCGCUGGUGGUGGGCGAGGACGGGGAUUUGUGCCCGGCGUCGUCGCUGGGUGGCAAAAACUCCUGGGCGCUGUCCAAGACGCACCCGCUGUGGCGGUGGCACCUGGGGGGCAGCGCCAUCCCCGUGCCCCCCAGCCUCAAGUUCCGCGGAGGGUCCCUGGAGGGUCCCUGAGCAGCGCGGGAGCGGACCCAGGACGGCGGGAGGUGCCGGGGGCCGGGAGCGGCGUCACCGCAGCCCCGCGCGGGGAACGGGCUGAUCUGGGGCCGCGCGGGGCU